AUGAAAUUGGCGAACUUUAAAAGAACUCUUGUCAACAUUAAGUCUGAAAUUGUGGAACUGCCAGCUGAGCCGUUACAGGGAACAAGUAAACCCGUCACUUCAGCACAAUAUCCAGAAACAUCUGACGGGGCACUAGUGGAACAACAAUCAGUAUCGCCCAGGUUUUUUGACACCCCAGAAAAAGUACUUGAUACUGAAAAAGUAACAGGAACGGUCUCUCCGCAAAUUCUAACAAUAUUUGAUACGAAACCAGAGAACCUUCAGCCAGUGUCAGUCACACCACCGCCAAGUGUUGCCAAAGCCCCCGAAGACCCGCUUUAUAUAGGGGAGCAUGAGUGUCAGACAAACCCGAUUAAAGAAAUCACCGGUCGCAGAAUUGUUGACAAUCCUUAUUUUUUGAAACAAUUGCAACAGCAAAAACACGACCACUUUUUUCAGUGUGAUGACAGUUGCUUGGAUUUAGUGACAGAAAAGCGCAUCGGCCUCGUUACUCAUUUCAAUUUCAAAUGUAGGAUGUGCAAGAAACAUUUUCAGGAGGCCACAGCAGUAGAGGCAAUGGAACAAGUUGCUGCAUUGAACGUAAGGCAGCAAUUCAAGAAGGGAAGAUUUUAA